AUGAUGUGUGUACUCAUUGGUUGGAUCAAUGGUUUGAUGAGGGACUGAACGAAAAAGACCUGGCGGACGAGGAAAAAGACAUGAUAAGGCUAUGGAACAGAUAUCUAUCGCAAUUGGAAACCAAUGGCGAUUGUCAUUUGUCGGGCCUAUGCAUUCAAUUUGCGAAAACACGGGCUCGAGACAUUUCGGCGUAUAAUCUAAGAAUGGCUUUUGCAAGACACUUGCUUCAGAUGGCAGGGGCUCAAGUGAUCGAUGGGAAUUGCGUCGCCCAUUGCCUUCGCUUAGUUGAUAGUAUAGCUGAUGGAUCAGGAGUGUAG